AUGUUGGCGUUGAAGGCGGUGCCGAGCCUGUGGCAGCAGGCGCUGCUCAUGGGCAGCGAGGGGGCGAACUCUCAACGAGGGAACUUCCGCAAGCGGUGGGCCCGCGAUAAAUUCAACCGGGUCAUCGAUGUCAAGGAGAAGGAGGGGAGCCCCACCUACUUGGGCAAGAGCAAGGGCAAUAUGACGAGCAUCGAGGACAUGCUGAAGAAGGAGGGCCCAGAGGACACCGCCAAGCGCGUGACUAAGUGCACUGCCUCGGGGGGGCCUUGGAUCGAGUGGGGCGACGCGCGGGGCGGCAAGGGCGCUCCAGCUAUCGGCGCAGGUGGCGCGGGUGAGCCCCUGGAUGGUGAGAUCGAGCCAGAGCCCGAGAGGGGCGCCGCGCCGAAAGCCAAGGGCAAGGCAGCGGCCGGGAUGAGGGGGGCAGCAGAGGCGCGCGAGCAGCCGAACGUGGCCAAGAAACAGAGCAGCCCGAUGGUCCCCGCCAACAUGGCGGUCAUCAAAUCUACGACUGAAUGGGAAUGGGCUAUCGACGAGCACUCCCAUAACGACCUGAUUUGUGCCAUCGCUGCGCUUGAGAGGGCAGUGGCGUGCGACCCCUUCACGCAGACGUUCUUGAGCAUAGACGUCGGCGAGCUGAAGCAGGAAUACAACGAGGGCCAGAUCGCGGCUCAGCGUGGCUCAGUGUCUCAGAUGCUCGACGCGUUGGUGAAGAAGGUCGCGGUGGAGACGCAGUCGCUGGUGAAUGGGCACGCUGUGCGCAUGAAGGCUGUGACUGCUGCGUGA